GUAGAAAGUGGACUUAAAGGGGAGACAGGUGCGACAGCCUUUUGGAUUUCAUUCAAAGGUCAACAGGCAGCUGAGAAAGGGUUUUAAGCCAGAGAGACGCAUGAACCCGCUGCUCCGUGAGAGUGGGUUAUAGAAUGGCAUCUGCAGCCGUGGUCCAGGAGAGAGUUGGUCCCGGCUUGGAUAGGGAUGCUGCCAGCUCUGGUGCCGGUGUUGCUACAGGUGCGGAGGAUGUCGGCAGAGCCAGAGGCCCACGCUAGCAAGGCUAGGAAAGACAGGCCAAGUCUUAUUCCAUCUCUGGGGAAAGACGGAAGAGCCCUAAAUAAAGCUUAUCUGUCCCAGGCGGAGCAGGGGAAGAAGAGAGCAGGGCUGACCCCGCCUCCUCCAGCCCUCCCCGCCCCACUACCCAGGAAGGCCGAGCAGGGUGCGAGCGCCGCUUUCGCUUUCCCUUCGCUGUGCCCACUCCUCUCCUCGUGCGGCGCUAGGCCCCCCGUCCCGGUCAUGGCCAUGCUCAGAGUCCAGCCCGAGGCCCAAGCCAAGGUGGAUGUGUUUCGUGAGGACCUCUGUACCAAGACAGAGAACCUGCUUGGGAGCUAUUUCCCCAAGAAGAUUUCUGAGCUGGAUGCAUUUUUAAAGGAGCCAGCUCUCAAUGAAGCCAACUUGAGCAAUCUGAAGGCCCCAUUGGACAUCCCAGUGCCUGAUCCAGUCAAGGAGAAAGAGAAAGAGGAGCGGAAGAAACAGCAGGAGAAGGAAGACAAAGAUGAAAAGAAGAAGGGGGAGGAUGAAGACAAAGGUCCUCCCUGUGGCCCAGUGAACUGCAAUGAAAAGAUCGUGCUCCUUCUGCAGCGCUUGAAGCCUGAGAUCAAGGAUGUCAUUGAGCAGCUCAACCUGGUCACCACCUGGUUGCAGCUGCAGAUACCUCGGAUUGAGGAUGGUAACAAUUUUGGAGUGGCUGUUCAGGAGAAGGUGUUUGAGCUGAUGACUAGCCUCCACACCAAGCUAGAAGGCUUCCACACUCAAAUCUCUAAGUAUUUCUCUGAGCGUGGUGAUGCAGUGACUAAAGCAGCCAAGCAGCCCCAUGUGGGUGAUUAUCGGCAGCUGGUGCACGAGCUGGAUGAGGCAGAGUACCGGGACAUCCGGCUGAUGGUCAUGGAGAUCCGCAAUGCUUAUGCUGUGUUAUAUGACAUCAUCCUGAAGAACUUCGAGAAGCUCAAGAAGCCCAGGGGAGAAACAAAGGGAAUGAUCUAUUGAGAGCCCUCUCUCCCAUUCUGUGAUUACAGCAGAGACCUUCCUGCUUUUUACUGGGGACUCCAGAUUUUCCCCAAACUUGCUUCUGUUGAGAUUUUUCCCUCACCUUGCCUCCCAGGCACAAUAAAUAUAGUUAUACCACUGCC